AUGUCGCCCCGAGCUGCGUACUUGACCAUAUUCUGGGCUUGCCUUAAAAACCUGCAAGUUCUGUUCAUAGCUGAUCGCAACCUCGCAGACGGAUUUCAUCUCCCCGAGCUCAAUUUCCCGGAGCAAUCCAUCACCUGCACCUCCGCGUCCACCACUCUCCUCCCCGAAUGUCUUUCAAUCACGCCCUCCCUCUACUCCCUCAUCACCGCCUUAUUCACCCUUGGAGGUCUUCUCGGUUCAUCGACCAGCUCCAACGUCGUAUCACAGCGGGGGCUGAAGGGAGGUAUCGCCUUGACUGGCUGGCUGAACCUUAUCGGUGCUGGAAUCAUGACAUUUGCGCCUCAUUGGACCAUCCUUGCCUUGGGGAGACUGGUAGCGGGUACAGCUUCAGGCUUGGGCAUUAGCCUGGUACCGCCAUUCCUCUCGGUGAUUGCGAAGAGCGAAGCAGAGCUAGCUAGCAAGUCUGGUAUGGUCGGGACCAUGAACCAGCUGGCUAUCGUCUUGGGUAUUUGUUCCGGACAGGUCGCUGGAUUGCUGUUGACCGGUGAAAAAGGGGAGGUACCGGGGAGUUGGCGAUAUGUGACGGCUAUUAGCGGCGCUGUUGCUGUCGCCCAGAUCUUGUCGGCUGGUAUCAUCUCCUCACCCACUGGUGAACACAAGGCUCCUGCAUCCCCCGUAGAUGCCGAAUCUGGUCCUCGUGAUGAAGCAGCUUCGCCCCUCCUCCCGGGUGCAUCUUCCACACCCCAAACCCAGCUGACUCUCCCCCAAAUCUUAUCCAAUCCCUCCCUACGUGGUCCCUCCAUAUUAUGCGCCGCUAUCAUGGCCCUUCAGCAACUAUCUGGUGUCAACGCUGUCAUGUUCUACUCCACCCCCGUCCUGCGCCCGCUCUUGCCGACCUCGGUGGGAGUGGUCGGGGUGGGUAUCACUGUGGUCAAUGCCAUCAUGACACUACCCGCGAUCUUCUUGAUGGACCGCCUCGGCAGAAAGACUUUGAUACUGGCAUCCAUUGGCGGUAUGGCAACGACCAGCGUCCUCCUGGCUUUCGGAUUGAACGACCACCUCCAAGCACUCAGUGCCAUCUCGAUCAUCGCCUUCAUCGCUUCCUUCUCUAUCGGGCUUGGACCUGUACCAUUCUUGCUCACCUCUGAGCUUGUCCCCCAACCUGCCGUGGCAGCGCUUUCCAGCCUCGCUAUAUCGACCAACUGGGUCACCGCCUUCUUGGUCGCGCUGUUCUUCCUCCCUCUGCGGGACUUGCUGUCAUCCCCGGUGGACCCCCGACAACCGGAGAAUGGACGGAAAGGCGAAGGCAGAGUGUUUUAUGUCUUUACCAUCGUACUCUUGCUGGGCGGGGUAAUGAUUCUCAGAGGCCUCAAGACAAGGCAAUGA